CCGUUCCCGGAAGUACUGCAAUACCGGGUCGAUGCGUGGAGUGGACGGAGCAAGCUCCUAUUCCAACUCCCAGCUCCAAAAAUCCAUUUAAUAUAUUGUCCUCGGAUAGAGGACGUAUCAGAUAUUAAACUGAUAAGAACAGAUACUACACUUGAUCUUAGCCAAAAGGCCGAGAAGCGAUGCCCGCGCCCGCCCCCAGCGCCCGCACCGCCGGGCCCGCAGCCACACUCAACUCACGGUGACCCCCACCACCGCGCGCUCCCGCUCGCCCCUCCUUCGCCUCCCUCGCACCACUGCGCCGGUCGCUACGCCGGCCUCUCCCGCGGAUGUUUUCCUCCCUACGUCGGCAAAGAGGGAUCCGCCACCGCUCGCGGCCUCGCCGGCCUCGGGCUGGGGCGACCUUUGCAGUUUGCAUGUCCCGCCCGGUCCCAACCGAGCAGGCGUGGCCAAGGCGGGCUCGCUGGGCCCUCGGGACCGCCUCCCGGCGCCCGGCGCGCAAGCCGGGCCGCAGAGGAUGCCCUUCGUCUUUGGUAGCCCAACCCGAGAGGACCGACGCGGUGGGCGGCCGGAGGGGCCGCGGCAAGGAGCUGCUGGCGGAGAUUUUCCUGAAGCCAAAGUGUUCCAAUGGCCUCCGACUGCGGAGGGACGAGCUUCGUGCCGUCGUCGCCGGAGGGCCCGGUUCCGAGUCCCGGGCUUGGCAGGUCUGGAGCGGGGCUUCCCGCGGCGCCGGCGCCGUCAGCUCCCAGCCAGGCGGCGGGCGUGCGGGUGGGGAGGGCCCGGCUGGGCCGACGCCGGGAGCCUCCCCAGCUCCAGCGCCUGCGUCUGCGGCCGCCUCCACGGACCGGGCCGUCGGAGAGCGCCCUCUGCCCGAGACGACGAUCCCUACAGCCCCUCCGCCCCCGGCCGCCUGUGGCCAGAGCUCCUCGCCGCAGGCCUCCCUCUGGGCUCUUGCGCACCCCGCCCCGCGUCUGACUGCCGCCCUCCUCCUCCGUGUUCCCUCCCAGCCGGUGCUUCUUUUCCAGUACACCCUUCCCCACCCGCCGCCGAAACCGGAGGGGACCCUCAUCAGCCCUUGUCGCCCCGUCAUCCCAGCGCUAGCCCGGGGGGCCGGCCUGGAAGGAGGAAUACUUAAAGUGACGUGUCAGUGGAGUUCCUGUGGCUCCGUGGAGGAAGGAUCCUUUGUCGUGUUUGAGGCAGCGUGGUUUGGAUCCCUGACUUGCACAGUGGGGUUCAAGUUCCAGUGGUACCACAGAUUUGGCUGGGAUUUGAUCCCUUGCCUGGGAACCUCCACAUGCCGUGGGUGAGGGUGAAAGGAAGAAGAAAGUACACACGUGCGUCACCUGUUUCUAGUGGAAAGCACUCUGCCAGACUGAAGUUCAGAGGGGCCAAGCAGCUUGCCUAGGAUCACACAGCCAGUGUGAAGCCAAGUCAGGGCUUGCAUUCAAGCAUCCAGCUGACCAUGUGGGACCUCAGUCUUUUUAAACUGGGGUUGAUUUUUUGUUUUGGUCUUUUGUUGUUGUUGU